AUGGGGGCAGAGGGCAAGAAAAAGACAAAAGUCGAUCCGCCUUUGCGUAUUAAGAUUGGCGGUAUCGAAGGUCACCGAAAGCAAAGCCUCAACCGGGUGACGACCACCAAGUACAAUUGGCUUACGUUUCUGCCCCUCAACUUCUAUGAGCAGUUCCGACGGGCCGUCUACUUUUACUUUCUAAUCAUCACCAUUGUCUCGUUCUUCGUAAAUGACACCAUAUCUCCGCUCGUCUCGCUGCUGCCUUUGCUCUUCGUCAUGAUUAUCACGGCUCUUAAAGAGGGCUUGGAAGACUUCUCGAGAUCAAAGAGCGAUAAGCUAGUCAACACGGCCAAGGUGACUGUCAUCCGUAACGGCAAGGAAGAAGUCAUAGCCUCUCAGUUUGUUAUACCCGGCGAUCUUGUGGUGGUACGAAACGAUGGAGAUGUGCCCUGUGAUCUCGUGCUGCUGCAGUCUUCGCCUGGAUCCUCCAAGUGCCAUGUGACCACGGCCAAUCUGGAUGGAGAGACCAACCUGAAGACUAUAUUGACGCCACAUAACUAUGAGCUUAGCGCCGGAGUUGGCCAGGGCUAUAUUGUGUGUGAGGCUGCCACACCGGAUCUAUACAGCUUCAAUGGACGUCUGGAGCUCAACUCUGGUGAAGCCGCCUUGCCGCUGACUAUUGAUAACCUGCUGCUCCGUGGCGUCCGACUCAAGGGAACGGACCGGGCGAUGGGCUGUGCCAUCUACACGGGCAUGCAUACGAAGCUGCAGCUGAAUAGCCGGUACACGGGCAACAAGUCCGCCUCCAGCGAGAAGUAUAUCAACAAGUUCAUGGUGGCUCUCAUCGUCGGCAUGGUGGUGGUGGUGGUUGUACUGUAUCUCAUCCAGCGUCACAAGGAAGCCAAGAUUGUGCCCACUAUGCCAUACUUGGGUCCUCCCACCAACUUCAACUCAGCGUGGCAAAUCUUUGAGGACUUCCUCUCGUUCCUGCUGCUCUUCAACUACAUGGUUCCCAUAUCCGCCUACAUGAACAUCGAGCUCUAUCGCAUCUUUGGCAUGCACUUCAUGCACAAUGAUCUCCAUCUGUAUGACGAGGAAACCGACCAACCGUGCCGAGUUAACGCCUCCAACCUGAAUGAGGAGUUGGGCCAAGUCAACAUAUUGUUCUCCGACAAGACGGGCACCCUCACCAAGAACCUCAUGAAGUUCGUCAAUUGCUAUGUGUCUGGGAGAAACUUUCGUCUGCAGAAGACCCAACUUGUCUGCCAGGACACUGGCGAGCAGCUGGAGUUGGGCAAACUCGAUGCCGAGGCUAGCGUCUUCUUCGAGGCUCUGACCGUAUGCCACACCGUGGAAGUGCUCCAGGGAGCAGCAGGCGAGAAGUCUCCAGAGUCCACAUCCGAACGAAGCCGCCUGAUGGAUGGUGACAUCGUUGGCCGCUAUCAGGCCUCCAGUCCCGAUGAAAAGGCCCUGCUCGAGGGCUGCGCCAGUUUGGGUCUCGUCUUCGAGGGACUGGACAAAGACAUUCUAUACAUUCGUCGGUAUCCUUGGGGAGGCGGCGGCACAAGCACCGAGGAGCUAAGUUUCGAACGGCUACAUGUCCUAGAGUUCAGCUCGGAACGGAAGCGUAUGAGUGUCAUACUAAGGGAGUGCCAGAGUGGCACCAUCUGGCUGUACAGCAAGGGAGCGGAGAAUAUCAUCUUUCCGCGGUGCAAGCCAAGUCCGCGUUUGGAGCAGACCGACGAGCAGAUUACCAAGUAUGCCAAGGAGGGACUUCGCACCCUGGCCGUGGCCCGGCGCAUUCUCACCGAGGAGGAAUUGGCCACCUUCGAGGCGGAGUACCGAAAUGCCAACAUACAGCUGAGCAAUCGCUCGGAACUCAUUGCCAAGUGCUACGAAGCAGUGGAGAUGGACCUUGAUCUCCUUGGAGCCACUGCCCUGGAGGAUGCUCUGCAGGAGAAUGUGGGCGAGACGCUGGAAGCUCUGCAACGAGCUGGACUGAAAAUCUGGGUUCUGACCGGCGACAAAGUGGAAACGGCCUUCAAUAUAGGUCUAGCCUGUCGUCAUAUACCGCCUGGAUCCAAGCCCCACUUCAUAGUCGAUCUGACAGAGCCUUCGGAGUUGCGAGCACGUCUGCAGGAGCUUGAAGCCGCCGGGGCGGAAGUUCUGGUGAUUGAUGGAAUCACAAUUGCUGCCCUACUUACCCAUUUGCCUCGCGAGUUCGCCGAUCUUGCCCUGCGCUGCCGGGCCGUACUCUGCUGCCGCCUGAGUCCGCUCCAGAAGUGUGAGAUUGUGACGCUGGUGAAGAAGCGGAAGAAGCACAUUACGGCGGCCAUAGGGGAUGGUGCCAACGAUGUGUCCAUGAUCCAGGAGGCGCACAUUGGCAUCGGGAUAGCUGGUCGCGAGGGUAAACAGGCUUCCCGUUGUGCAGACUUUGCCAUAGCCCGCUUUGAGAUGCUGCGCAGGCUACUCCUUGUCCAUGGUCACUAUAACUCACAGCGAUUGGCGUUCUUGGUGCUGUUUUAUUGCUACAAGAACAUCAUCAUCACCGGAUGCAUGGCCCUGUUCCAGGUCUACGAUCUCUUCUCUGCCACCAAUGUCUACAAUUCGCUGUACCUCUGGCUCUUUGACAUUGUCUACAUCUCGUUCAGCUUCACGUACUUGGCCAUAUCCGACAAGCACUACAGCGAGGAGAAGCUUCUCAGCCAUCCGGAGCUCUACAAGACCCUUGCCCACAAUCGACAGGCUUCCAUGGGCGUCUUCACGUUGUGGAUUCUCAACGGAUUCCUGCAGUGCUUCAUCAUCUUCUAUUUUGCAUACUGCAUGCUCAACGAUGAGAACGUUGUCCACAAUGUGGGACAAACUGCCAGUUUCCAGACAUUCGGCACCAUGCUCAUCACCGUCAUUGUGAUCGUGGGCAAUCUGAAGCUCCUCCUGGUGGCCCGGUAUCUCACCUAUCUGAACUUGGCCAUGAUCCUUGCCUCGAUCCUCGCCUUCAUGCUGACCACAUACCUCUAUAACCUGGACACGAGUGGUGAGCUCUAUGAUGUCUACAACCAGUUCCUGGCCUCGUUGCCCCUUUGGCUCUACUCGAUCAUCUGCUCGGCGGCCUGCCUGCUGCCCGAUUUUGUCAUCAAGAUCGUCAACGAUAUGUUUCGAGGUCCGAGGGCUUUGGAGAAGUCACCGGAAUGAGAAUAGGUUCUCCUUUUAGAUCCUCAAUA